GAAUCAGAGUACCUUAAUCCUUGCAUGGACUCAUAAAAUGACUAUUGUUCUAUAGUAUUAUAGCUAACCAAAUAAGCAAUUCAGGAUUCUAACGGUCAGUUUGUGCUGACUAGCCACGUUUAGCUCCUUUUUAAAUUCGCUCUCCCUAGUCUACUCCCUUUCUAAGUGUCUCUUAAAAGAAAUAUGACCAACAAUGGUGUUGCAGGUAGCAACAAGAAGGUGGAGGAGCCACCACAACCACAUCCAGUGAAGGAGCAGAUGCCCGGGAUUCAGUAUUGCAUUAACAGCCCUCCACCAUGGUUGGAAGCACUAGUAGUGGGUUUCCAGCAUUAUUUGUUGACUCUUGGUAUUACUGUUUUGAUUCCAAGCAUAAUUGUACCUCAAAUGGGUGGUGGUAAUGCAGAGAAGGCCAAGGUGAUACAGUCCUUACUCUUUGCCUCUGGAUUAAGCACUGUAUUUCAGUCUUUAUUUGGAACUAGACUCCCAGUAGUGGCUGUGGGUUCUUAUGCAUAUUUAAUUCCCAUCGCAUCUAUUAUCCAAGCCAGUAGAUAUAGCUCCUGUGCAACUCCUAUUGAGAGGUUUGUACAUACAAUGAGGGGGAUUCAAGGUGCAUUGAUAAUUACAGCAUGCUUUCAGGCGGUCGUGGGGUUUCUAGGAUUGUGGAGAAAUGUUGUCAGAUUCCUUAGCCCUCUUUCUGUUGUUCCAUUUGUUACUCUUAGCGGCCUUGGACUUUAUCAUCUUGGUUUCCCUAUGCUGGCUAAAUGUGUUGAAGUUGGGCUUCCAGGGAUCAUCAUCUUGGUUUUCAUCUCACAGUAUCUACCACGCUAUAUGCAGCAAGAGAGGCCCAUAUAUGAUCGAUUUGCAGUCCUGAUCACUGUUGUAAUUGUAUGGUUAUAUGCUCAGCUGCUAACUUCAAGUUCAGUUUAUAAACACAAACCUGAAACUACGCAAAUUAGUUGCCGCACUGAUCGCGCUGGACUCAUCAGUGAAGCUCCAUGGAUAUAUGUUCCUUAUCCCCUUCAAUGGGGAGCUCCCACCUUCAAUGCUGGAGAAGCUUUUGCCAUGAUGGCUGCUUCUUUUGUAUCCCUAUUUGAGUCUACUGGUACAUUCUUUGCAGCAGCAAGGUAUGGGAGUGCCACUCCUGUUCCACCUUCUGUUAUCAGUCGUGGCACUGGCUGGCUGGGAGUAGGAGUUUUGAUCAAUGGCAUGUUUGGCUGUGUUACUGGCACUACUGCAUCAGUAGAAAAUGCAGGACUAUUGGCAUUGACAAAAGUCGGAAGCAGAAGAGUGAUUCAAAUAUCAGCUGGGUUUAUGAUUUUCUUCUCUGUAUUUGGAAAAUUUGGUGCUGUUGCUGCUUCUAUACCUCUCUCAAUAGUAGGAGCUUUAUACUGUGUUCUCUUCAGCUAUGUCUCUUCUGCUGGUCUUGGCUUUCUCCAAUUCUGCAACCUGAACAGUUUCAAAACAAAGUUCAUCUUGGGAUUCUCCAUUUUCAUGGGUAUUUCAGUCCCACAAUACUUCAGAGAGUAUUAUCAUGGAGGUUUGAGGUCAACCCAUAUUCACAACUCUACAUGGUUCAAUGACAUUAUUACUGUUAUCUUUAUGUCUCACACCACGGUGGCUGCUCUCGUUGCUUUCUUCUUCGACCUGACACUUUCCCGGGAAAAUGAUGAAUCAAGGAAAGACUGCGGAUUGAAGUGGUGGGAGAAGUUCAGCAUAUACAACUCAGAUGUCAGGAAUGAUGAAUUUUAUGCCUUACCAUGCUGCCUUAACAAACUUUUCCCUGCCCUCUAACCCUUCAAACGUUAGGGCAAACAGUUCUUUAAUUCACACAUUUUGGAAAUUUUGAUGUUUUGAUUCCUUCUGCAACUCUAUGCACAAUCUUGCUAUUGUUAUUUAUGAAUAUAAGUCUUGGACAAAUCAUGGAUGGUCCAAAUACCGAUAUUAGUAAACAAAAUUUCAGUUUUAGGCACUAGUGCAUGAGCUUUGCAGGUUCUGUUUACGAUGUUUGGACAUUGUUUUGCUUAGUGUGGUCAGAAAAGUGCAGGGAGAAAAUAAAAGAUUUUGUUCCGG